AUGCAUGAGACGAUAAGAACUAUUCAAUGGUCAUUGAGCCACACUGAAUCGUCUCCUGAGGAAUUUAACAUUCUAAGGCACAUGUAUGAGAAUGUCCAAGAGCCAUUUUUGAAUGCAACAAGCAUGGCUGGAGAUACAAGAAAUGAUUCAGGGACAAACCCGUUCGUGGCUCUUUUGGGAGCCCAGGAACAAGGCAGAAACGAGUCAACUAACCCUCCAGCUACUGGUUCUGACACAACUUCUAAUCCUGCUUCUCCAAACUCGAACCCACUUUUGGAUCCUUGGGCAUCAGCUGACUUUGGAGGUGCCCAAAUGAAUACCGCUCCCAGAUCAAAUGCUUCUAGGAAUAUUUGGGGACCCUCUCCUGGUGGUUUGGAUGACAUAGCAGAUUUGCAGCGAAUGCUAGGUGGCAUACCUGACGCCUCUUCUGAAAAUCAGUUAAUUGGAUACCCAUCCAUCUCGCAGAUAAUGCAGCACAUAAACCAGAUUAUGGGGCUCGACCCCAACUCUCAUCCUGGGGAUAUGAUGCCAAAUCCUAAAUUAAUUCAUCAGUUGAUGUCCUCUGAGAGGAUGCAGGAAUAUCUGGUACAACAAGGGCUAUUUCCUUACCUUGAUCAGCCGCAAUCAAACCAAGAUCAUGAUCAGGACGAAGCUGACGAAACAGGUAACAUUUCAUUCUCUAUAAUUCCCAAUUUGAUAUCCUUGUAA